AUGAAGGGAGGACUGAAGAAAAUCCGAAACCCCGAGAGAGCGGUGAGGAUCGCAGUGGGCUACACCGGCCACACCCCCCCCAAGAGUGACGACGCCGACCCCAACAAUGAGCCAGGCCAGUUGAAGAUCUACCUUCCCAAAAAGCUGUUGGAGUGUUUGCCCAAAUGUUCCUCUCUGCCCAAAGAGCGCCAUCGCUGGAACACCAACGAGGAGAUUGCGGCGUACCUCAUCACGUUUGAGAAACAUGAAGAGUGGCUGACCACGUCGCCCAAAACCAGGCCUCAGAAUGGCUCCAUGAUCCUGUACAACCGUAAGAAAGUCAAGUAUCGCAAAGAUGGAUACUGCUGGAAGAAACGCAAGGACGGAAAGACGACAAGAGAGGACCACAUGAAGCUCAAAGUGCAGGGGGUCGAGUGUCUGUAUGGGUGCUACGUCCACUCCUCCAUCAUCCCCACCUUCCACCGCAGAUGCUAUUGGCUGCUGCAGAACCCUGACAUCGUGCUGGUGCAUUACCUGAACGUGCCUGCGGUGGACGACAGUGGGAAACCCUGUGGUCCUGUGCUCUGCUCCAUCAACACAGACAGAAAGGAAUGGGCCAAAUGGAGCAAAGAGGAACUCAUCGGACAACUCAAGCCUAUGUGUGCAGGGAGCAGUCUGCAUCAGAAAUGUUCCAGUGUGAAGCAGAGGAUCAUCUCGUCGAAGCAGGAGCCUGGAGUGGGUGUGGAGAAGAGCGAGGAGAGCGAGGCCAGUGAGGUUCAGAACAGUGACGUGUCUGAGGGACAGACAGAGACCUCCACCAAUGCGGUGUCGAGCAGAAGUCGUGGGUCUGAUCGUAGAAAUGGCCGCCUCCCCAAACCCUCGCUCCUCCCACAGAGUAGCAUGGAGGUGUCAUCCUCGACCAACACGGCCCAGGUGGAGGUUCCAGACACCACCCAGAACUCUCCCCUCUCCAUGGGCUCGGACAUGGCCGACAGCCCCGCCCUCUCCUCCAUGGGGGCGGGGCUAAACCAGAGCACGGCCGUGUUCAUGUCCGAGGUGACCACUCUGACUGGAGAAUCUGUUUACUCCACUGGACACACACAUCUGCUGGGGCCUGCACACGAGGGAGCUGCUACAGGCUUGGCGACUGGUAUCCUUCUGGCCGUGACUCCUGAAAACUCACAGCGAUUUCCUUCAUUCUCUGGAGGGGUGGGGUUGGGCGACGGGGGCGAGCUCGUCCUCUCCAGCUCUCUGGACUCCAGCGCGGGGGUCAGCCUUCCCGAAACCACCAUGACCUUUGACCCCGACUGCUUCCUCAACAACCCCAAACAAGGCCAAACCUACGGCGGAGGCAAGAACCAAAACUGCAACCGAAACGACGAAAUUCACUGCCCUACCAAUGUGUUUUACAAUUCUGCGCUGGUUAAUAACAUCAAAACAGAAGCUACAAAUCUGGAGCAGCCACUGGCCAAUCAGAGCGGCUACGAAUCCACUGGUUUGAGCCCAAGUACGACUCUGGAGCAGAUGGAUUUUAGCGCUGUUAUGUCAUCAAGUUUAGCCCAACAGGCGCACCACCCGUCUCCCACCCUCUUCCUCCAGACUUCUCCGCAAACAAAUCAAACGCUCCCAAGCAAUUCCACAGAGGCCAGCCAAGAAGAAAGCCAAAAUUACAUUGCGUUAUCCAAUGUUUCAAAUGCAUCCCCAGUCACAACUAAUGGAGGCGAGAACCACGCACAUUUGCAACAGGCGAGCCCCGAUCAGCAAACCAUGUGUGGGAGGAAUUCCACUUUGGAUGGGCAAAACGAUCAACCCAAAUCUAGCGAUAAAGCGGUAGAUAGCAACGAAGAUUUGAUGUUGAAAUCAGAGGAUGCGUACGCGACUGGGGUCAAAGUUGAACACUAUUUGCAAGAAGAAAACAGAGGAAGAGAAGAGGAAGCGGCCAAUUCGGGGGAAAGUGAAAUUUUAUGCAAUGGGGUGAAUUCUGUAGGCACAAGUCCACAGUCUAUAGCUCAGAAUGGCAGCAUAGAUGGUAGUUUGUACAGCUCGCCGAUGCCCCAGCAAGGAGUGACAGCCAAUACCAACGCAUCGGGGGCGGGCAUAAGUUUAGAAGGGUUCGAGGCUUCGUUUGGGAGCCAGUUUUCAGAUCUGAUCAAUGAUUUCAUCUCGGUGGAGGGCUCAGGGGCAGGGGUGGGGGGAGGGGUGAUGAUGACUCAGGAGGGGGCCGGGGCAGAGGAACAAGGCAGUGCACAGACUCACCUGCAGGGGGCAGCGGUGGAGCAGGCGUCGCUGGGGUUGCUACAGGAUACUGGGAGACUGUUCGGAGUGACGGACUAUUCGCCCGAGUGGUCCUAUCCAGAGGGUGGGGUGAAGGUGCUGAUCACUGGGCCCUGGUUGGAGUCCACUUCAGAUUACAGCUGUUUCUUUGACCACAUCAGUGUCCCAGCAGCUCUCAUCCAGCCUGGAGUCCUGCGCUGCUACUGCCCUGCUCACGACACAGGUCUGGUGAUGCUGCAGGUGGCCAUGGGAGGAGAGGUCAUCUCCUCAUCUGUGGUGUUUGAGUACAAAGCUCGAGACCUGCCCGCUCUGCCUUCCUCUCAGCACGACUGGCUCUCUCUGGACGAUACACAGUUCCGAAUGUCGAUCCUGGAGCGACUGGAGCAGAUGGAGCAGAGGAUGGCCGAAAUCUCAAAUCCAAAUCUCAACUCUGACUCCACAGGUCCCAAAGGAGGAGGAGCCGAAGGAGGGGCGAUAGAGCAGGUCUUGUCUCCUCAGUGUUUGGAGCAGAGUUCGUUUGAGGCGCGUGUACUGUCUCUGUGUGAACAGAUGAUGGCGCAGUCGUGCUGGGCUUCUGGCUCAGACCUGGAUCACAGUAAAAACUCCAGAGGGAUGACUCUUCUGCACCUGGCUGCUGCUCAGGGCUACGCAGGGUUAAUCAACGCUCUACGGCGAUGGAGAACUAAACAUUCAGACAGUAUCGAGCUAGAGCUGGAGGUGGACCCGCUGAACGUGGAUCACUUCUCCUGCACUCCUCUGAUGUGGGCAUGUGCUCUGGGCCACACUGACUCCGCCCUCCUCCUGUACCAGUGGGACCACAGAGCUCUGUCCAUCCCGGACUCUCUCGGCCGCCUCCCCCUGACCAUCGCCCGGUCUCGGGGUCACACUCAUCUCGCGGAGCUCCUGGAACAGCUCCAGACUCCCCCCUCCACCCCCAGCACGCAGAGACCAGCACACACCACCAGAGGGCAGCACAGUGACAGCUCAGAGCAGAGGAGAGGAGAGUCGGACCACAGCGGGAGCACAGAGGUGAAGACAGAGACUCAACUGGACCCAAAGUCCUGGAGCCAAAAUCAGUGCCACCCCCAUGAAGACGCCCCUCCGGCCAAGAGACCCAAGCCCAGCUCUGACACUCCUCCUGGGCAGCAGCUGGCUCCUCUGCCCCCUGGACCCCCCACCCUCACCUCUCUGCUCAACUCCUCUACCAAACCCACUCCUCUCCCCUGCAUUACCUCCCCUCACCUCCAGAGGACACCCCUUCACCUGCAGGCCAGGACAGGGGGCUUGGGGGGGCCACGGUGGGGGCUUGGCCAGAGGAGCGUGGCCCGGAGGAUUAUGGGUAAAGAGCGGUUGGUAGGGCAUCUGAGGCAGAGGGUGGUGAGCGAGAGAGGAGACACGGAGCUGCUCAGUAUCCACGACAGCGAGGAUGUGCAGAUGGACCUGUCUUUGUUGGCGGACCACAUCAUGGAGGCUACGUCAGAGCGACUAAAGCAGGAGCCAAUGGAAACAGAGAUAGACUCUCGGGGGGCGGGGCUUAGCAGUGAUGUCACAGCUCUGUCAGGGUGCCUCAGUGACGUCGAGAGGUUCCUCCACCCCGGCCCUCCCUCCCCCAUCCCUAGGCUGAGCUCUCUGUCUGGGGAACAGCCUCCUCAGCCCAGCCCCUCUGAACUCCGGUUUCUCUGUGGAGCUGUGAAAGACCCAAGUCCCAAAAGUCCCUCCUCCCGAUUCUCAAUGAGUGAGUCAGAGCGUGCCGAGCUGUACGAGACCAUCAGGCUAGCUCUGCUCUCCCUCCGAAAAAACAAGGGUCCCAUUCAGGAACAACGAAAAGAGAUUGCAGCAGUGAUUCAGCGCUGCUAUAAGAGAUACAAGCAGGUAACCAUAUGCACUUAUAAGAGGAUGACCUUGGCUGCAGUCCUGAUCCAGAGCCGCUUCAGGAGUUUAAUCGAACAGAAGAAGUUUCAGCAAAGUCGCCGCGCAGCUGUUCUCAUCCAGCAAUAUUACCGCUCGUACAGGCACUCGCUCAGUCGCCUCCUCAGUAAAAAACAGAACCAGGCCGCUCGCAAAAUCCUGAGGUUCCUGCUCCGCUGCCGUCACAGGGCCAGAGAGCAGAGAAAGGCCAAGGUUCCUGAGAGCUCCCCCGCUGCACACCGCCCUCUCGACCCCUUCAGCCUGUGA